AUGCUACCACAGUCUCUUUCAACAUCCACUCUUCAACUCCAUGAUAUGGAGCUUUUUCACCACUACAUGAUCUCCACAUGCUAUACUUUAUCACGAACACCAGUCGUUCAGGCAGUUUGGCGGGAUGAAGCUCCUCAAGUUGGAUUUACCAUGCCAGCUGUUAUGCAUGCAAUGCUGGCUGUGAGUGCUCUACACCUCGCUCGAUGUGAUCCUUCAAGGCGAGAAAGCUGCAUCACUCAAGCACACAUGCACCAUGAAUUGGCCAUGUGCAUGGUCACACCUAAUAUGCCUUCUUUGGCGUCGGAUAACGGCCCAGGCCUUUUUUUGUUCUCCUCGCUGACCUGUAUAUUUGCGUGUGCCGGCGUCCGCUCUGAAGACAAUUCAUUUUCUCUGUUUGAGCAGGGCCGCCUAGCAAAUUGGGUUCUGCUUUUCCGGGGAACGAAGACCGUGAUUGACUAUAGCCGUGAUGAUCUCAGUAAAGGAAGAUUAGGCCCAAUGUUCAAUAAUGGGCAUGAUGCGGCUGCCGCUCGAAGCCUACACGCAAUGGAACAGGGCCAAAUGUAUACAUGGGAGCUAAAACAAUUCAUAUAUCGCGAGUUCUCACAGGAUCCUCAACGGCUCCAAGUGUACGAAGAGGCUUUGAUCGCGCUAAACAAAACUUUGGGGGUUGUCUUGAAGCCACAUGAGGAGCCAAGGCUCCAAACAGCCGACAUUUUUGCCUGGUUGCUUGAGGCUUCGGACGAAUAUAUGGAAUCGCUAGUGCAAGGAGCGCCCGUAGCACUCAUCAUCUUCGGAUACUUCUGUGUUGCUUUGCGUCAAAUUGAAGGGAUGUGGUUUAUGGAAGGAGUCAGCGGGCGGCUCAUGUCACAACUGUCCUCCCUGAUCGAUGAAAGAUAUCAAGGCUGGCUACGCUGGCCAAAGGAACAGAUAUCAUGGACUCCUGAUUCUAUAUGA